ACAAACAGAAACAAUGGAGAGAACUAUGAUAUUGUGUUGGUUCCUUCUCCUUUGCAUCCCCAUGGCUUAUGGCGGAUACUACUCGAAAACCGAAUCACUCGUUUCCCACUUGAGAAAAGUUACCAAUCUCCGAUUCUUUUUCCACGGCAUCCUCGGUGGCGAGAACACUACGGCGGUCACCGUGGCCAGUGCUAACUCUUCUUUGCUAGGGCCAUCUAACAGCAUAGUUGUCGACCAUGCUCCACUCACCGUUGGUCCCGAACCAACAUCGAAGACCAUCGGGAAUGCUCAAGGACUCGAGGUAUUCGCGGGUCGAGAUACAACCACUGUGGUGGUGUACUUGGACUUCGGGUUUACUGAAGGAGAAUUGAACGGCAGCUCUAUUAGCGUGUUUUCGAGGAACCCGGCGACGGAGACGGAACGUGAGCUUGCGGUGAUCGGUGGGAGAGGGAAGUUCAAGUUAGCUGAAGGGUAUGCAUUGCUUAAGACUAUCUUUAUAAGUAAUACCAGUUUGGUUGUUGAAUAUAAUGUAACUGUGAUUCAUUACUAAGAUUGGCAUCGGAGAGUUUAUGUAUAAGACAUAAGAGUUGAGUCACAAACAUGUUGUUAUUUAAUAUUUUCCGAUCUAUAAACACCACUAAUUGUAUACGCGCAAAA